GAAUGGCCAAUGUUACCUCAAAAAGAAAGGGAAAGACUGGGGGUUUUGUUUGAGAGUGAUGGCGAAUUUUGGAUGGAAUAUAAAGAUUUCGCUCAACAAUUUACUAUAAUUGAAUUUUGUCAUUUAUUGCCUGAUGCAACUGAAGAAAUACAUAAUACAGAAAAGUCAAAGAAAAAAUGGGUGACGUCCAUGUUCAAUGGGGAAUGGGUAAGAGGAGUAUCUGCCGGUGGUAGCCCCGACAAUAAAGAUACUUUCGCGUGUAACCCUCAAUACUUGAUCACAUUGGUAGAUCCAGAUGAAAAUGACGAUGACGAUUUAUGUACCAUGAUUGUUUCACUUACCAAAACAAAUCCAAGAAGAUAUAACACAGCUCACAUAAACAUUGGCUUCCAUGUCUUCAAGGUUGACAAUCCGGAAAGCGUGAACAAACCAUUUAAUGCUAAAUUCUUUAAUAGCGUUGAAUGUUGUGGAAAAACUUCCUCAUACGUUAACCAGCAAGAGGUUACUGAAAGUUUUAGAUUAUCGCCUGGAACUUACUGCAUAGUUCCUUCAACAUUCUUAGUUAACCAAGAGUCGCCGUUUGCAAUGAGAGUGUUUACGGAGAGUCCAAAUGAUCUUAGAGAAAACGACAUUUCUAUAGAGCAUUUGGCUGUCUGCGAUGAACAAUUCAAUACGGAAAGUGAAUUGGAGGCCGAAAGCGAAAUUUAUAAGCAUUUCAUGCAUGUAGCUGGGGAAGAUAAAGUUUUGAAUGCGGAGGAGCUGGCGUAUAUGUUAAAUACAACAAAUGGAAUUCAUUGCGGCUUCAGUUUGGAAUCAUGUCGUCAAUUAAUCUCGAUGUUUGAUGAGGAUCGUUCUGGCAAAAUGGAUAUGAUUGAGUUCAGUAAAUUAGCACACAUGCUCUCUCUUUGGGUUGAUGCCUGGAAUCGUCAUGACUUAGAUAAUUCAAACACACUUAGCGGUUUUGAAUUAAGGAACGUUCUGACUGAGGCAGGAAUCCAUGUCAAUGGGAAUUUGUUGAAUAGCAUAAUGCACAGAUAUGGCAACGAUAAAGGGGAACUUACUUUUAGCGAUUACAUUAUUAGCAUUGUAAAGUUAAACAAACUAUAUGACGUGUUCCAAGAGAAAAAGAAUAAAGAUGGCAAGAUAUGUCUUAAUUUAAAUGAGUGGCUGGACAAUUGUAUAACUUAUUAGUUCUUUUUAUUAUUUCCAUUUAUAUGUUGAAUAAUAGUUAU